AUGGACCCUUCACCCACCUCACCGGCGCAUUCCAUCGGCCAGAGGCUUUCACCUUCAGCACUUCCUGGCAGAGACCACGUCGCCGAUGCAGACACUUCACACUNNUCACGCAAGCGACCUCGUCUGAGCGACGAGCCCGACUCUCCACCUCACACCAACGCUGAUUCUGACACUCAAAACACAUCGGCCACUGGAAGCCCAACUGUCCUCGAAGUCGCUCAAGAACAGUCAACCGAGCCAUCAGAUAUUUCCAUCAUCAUGACUGGCGUUGAGACAACUGUCGAUGUACAUCUCAACAGCUUCCCAUUCCUGUUCGAUAAGAAUGAUACUCCCGAGGGUGCUGCCGCCAAGCUCGCAGAGCACUGUUACAAGAAGAAUGGUCCUGCCGUGGAAGAAAUAAUCUGCUUGAUCAACUGGCUUGGUGAUCAUCUGCGCGACACCAACGAAGCCUUCGAUGCUGCGCUGAAACACAACACCCCAUCGUCAACCGUCUCCGAUCUCUACUCAGAUAACCCGGAAUUCUGGAACCAUAUCUUGUCUUGCUUUCGUGGACUGAUUGGACGCUGCUCAAUCAGCUCUGACAAAGAGCUCGUUGGAAGCAUUGCUUGGAACUUCUUCCAUGCCAUACUCGACAAUCUGCUAGGCCUGGGCGAGAGGCUUCUAUACACCGAGGUAGCCAUUCUGAAGCAGCGUGAAGCUCGCAGAGAUUCGACAAGCUCUCCCACAUCCAGCAAUUCGCCAAAGCACUCACUACUGUUCCCCCUGUGGGCCGGUACUUUUAUGGACAUGGCCGCCCGCCCGAAGGAGUUUCUGGAACCAAUGUCAGCGGCUUAUCACUUCAACUUCAAGUCUGUACAAAAGCGAUCUAUCGGGCGUUUCCAGGGUCGUGCUAUGGAUGCUGUCGUCACACUCAUGGAACACGUCACCUCUAGAUCGGAAAACAUCAAAUCGCCGUUCUUCACAGCAUUCGGUUACGUGAAUCUCUGUCACUAUGUCCUAUAUGUGGAUCGGGACAACGUUGGCAACUGGCUCAUGCCUUAUCUCAACAAGUCGACCAAGCUAUUCGACCUUAUCUAUACUAUGACGAUUCAUACUUUGCCCAGGCAGUACCUCGACGAGAGCUCGCAACUCGUCAUCGAGAACUUCCGUGUGUUUCUGGUCGAUAUGCUAAGUACUUUGUACCUCACAAAGCACCUUUCUGCAGAGACUGUAUUUGAAAUGACUAUGGAGGAUGUUGCAAACCAUCAGACCAUCCAAGGAGAACUCCUUGUGCCUCCAGAAGAGAACAACAACAACCCUGCCCUAGUUGACGCCGCGAUCGACGACGGCAUUGCAUUCGCUGCGGUCAAAGAUGAUGUGCUGGAGGUAGCCUCUGUUGCAUGCUCCUUGAAGUUUCUCAACGCCCUCCUUCGGAGCAGCAGUGUAGAAUUGCGUAAUCGUGCAGCGGAACAGAUGGGAACCACAGCCUGGGAUGUUCGUAUGAACAAGCGAAAGCUCGAAGCAGGCUAUCACCGGCUCAUGGAAAAUUACACAGCCAAGUUCUUCCUCGCCAACGAUAUUACGGGUUAUCUUCUAGGACCUCAAUCGCACGCCACGCUGAUUGGCAGGACUACAGCCAUCCUUGCGUUCAUGGCCGUCACAGGCAAGCUUACCAAACGCGAUGCUGAUACGAUCUGGAGUGUGUCCUUCAAUUCUCAGCAACCCGAUGAUGCACAAAGCGCCAUGAACGUGCUCCGAACUCUUCCAGCCUAUAUGUCACCUUUCGCCAAUGAGUAUUUCUGCAACAAAUUUCGAGCCCUCCCGCUGUCGAAGUUCUCAAAAGACGCAGAACGACUUCUUCAGAACAUCGUAACAGAAUUUCUGCGAACCUCGACUGAUGGCGAAUACCAAACGAUUUACACCUGUAUCCAACUGCUGGGCAAGAUCGAGGACUCAGACAUUCCACCUGCUAGGCAAAACCAACUGUUGCUCAGCUUUGCAAAUCUGCUUCUGCAAGUCCAUUCUCCUCGCAACACCCAAGAAAGUCAUCGCCUUCUCGAGCUUUGCGCUGCCCCUAUCGCAUCGCUGGCUAACAACACGACUGGUUAUGUACAGGCAUUGUCGAGUAUCGUCAAACAAACCGGGUUUUCCGUUAAAGCAGACGAAGUUUAUGGGCGAGUGCCAUUCCAUCGAUGCGUCGCAGAGUUGCUUCAAUUUCUUGGAAGAGCGAAGACUGAUGCCAAAUCUCCGGUUUCCUAUGCAUUGUGGUGUCGCCUUGACCUCAUCACCUAUGUGCUCUCAGUCUCAAGUCCAGGCGACAACACAGCGGCUGUCGAGAAAGCCCUCUGGCAGAAUGUCUUAGGCGAGCAUGCCUUGACGCCGCAGCUACGAGACAUGGGAUGGCGCUUUUUCAUCCACUCUUAUCAAUCGGGGCAGCCAGGCCUCGAAGCUUUCUACAAUCGGUUCAUCAACCAAUAUCUCCCUGACAUCCCUCCCGAGUUUGCGACAACCGGAACCAUCAACCUCUUCAAGGUUCAAUACGCAAGACAGGAGUCUGAUAUGACCGAGUUGUUGCCUAUUGGCGAGGAGCUAAUCAGGUUUGCGCUUGCGGUCCCGUCAGAAGAAAUUGCGAAUGACUUCAAGGUGCUGCUUUUGGAAAGCCUGUUCAAGGGCAAGGCAAUCAAUUAUCCUGGCCUCGCCAUUGACGGCCAGAUCUCAGUUAUACGGCAGCUUGUUGCACAAGUGUCCCAGCGAGGGGUCCCUGCAACGAGAGCCUCAGAGAUAUUGCUGAACAUUCUGAUCGAGUCAAACCGGUACCAAGCACUCCUUCAACGUCCAGACAAAUUCACUCCCGGCGAAAUUUCACGCCCAAAGUCAGACCUUCCUCAAGACAGCAUUCAGAUUCCGAUUCGUAUCCACAAAGGUAAUGCACAGCCACAAAGCAAAUUGGUAACAAUCAACAAAUCAGCGAGUUGUUCAGAGCUAGAGGCUGCUAUCGCCUCAGAGACUGGAUUUGCAAGUUACACUGUUGUCACUGCAGGACAAAAGAUCAACUUCGCCAAGGAGCCAGAACAGUCAAUCACAGAGCUUGGUCUGCGAGAAGGAAAUGUCCUCCUUGUACAGAAGCGAAACACAUUCGAGAGUAUUCAAGAAGAGGUCAACAAGAGCACAGAAAAGUCUAUUGUUGAAGGCGAGAUUGCUUCUCAUCUGGAUGUCUUGUACAAUAUCCUUGAUGGUACGGACGGGAAGGCACAGUACGUACUGCAAAUCCUCACGUUGCUCAAGUUUCCUGGUCCAAUAAGAGCCAUGGUCGCUGCUCCCGAAACGCCUUUCGAACAGAUCUUCCCGUCAGGAGCAUCCUUGCGAUUGCGCGCCUCCGUUGAUGUCAUUUCUAUUCAGCUGAAGGAACAAGUCGCCCUCGGUGUCGCCGACGAAAAGUUCUUGCUCAGGGGAGUUCAUUUGCUCGUAGAUUUGCUGGGUCGUACCGAUAUGCUCCAAGAGGUCACAGACAUCUGGAGAACAGCAGAAACCUUACUUGCAUUGCUCAGAGAGCGACCUGUCAAGAACCUGACCGGACAGUACUUUAGAGACGCUGCCAAAUUCACGCAUCAGAUUCUUCGCUACAUUGAACAUUUCUCAGACGAGACUACUACUGUCAGUCGUGAUGGUACCAAGCAAAUGGCAUUGCGAGCGCUAUAUCAAUGCUUGUUGCAAGGUGUCCUUGUGAGCCAGUCCGUGUGUUCGGCCUUUAUUGCUGAAGGUAACACCAUACCAAUCCAUCUCGCGCUUCUUCUCACUAGAAGCGACCAUCUUCGAGCUACUAUUCCCAAAUCUAUCAUCAAUGCUAUUCAGGAUGAGAGGGCUUCUCCUGAGCUCAAGGAAUUCUUUUCCAAGCUCUCACUAGAGCAUCUCAUACCUACGGCUUUGGAACAACCAGUCAUCUGCGACAAGGCAUUCUUGGUCAGUAUUGAAGCGUUAUCCGCGGACCGUCGCUUGAAUACCGAUGAAGAACUCUUGAGGACCUUGAUCGAUGAUUUUGCGAAGACUCUACUCAACAUGAGCCACCUGGAACGCUAUGGAGAUUGCUUCAUCGACAAGAGAGUAUCCGGCUUGGCUUCGUUGCUGCGUUGCUGUAUUCAAGCUCUCGUGGUACAAAACAAGCCUUUGAACCUAGGAAAUCUUCCUUCGCAGGUGUUCAAGACCUUCCUCUUUCCUGUUCUUAUCAUUGACAAGAAAGUUCAGCCUGUUGUUGCCUCAGAAACUCGCAACAGUAUAUACGAUCUCCUUCAGGUGACGUGCGACAACAUUCAGACAUUGGAAAGUCUCGCUACGAAUUGCGAAGAUGUCGCAGGUUAUUGCACCGGUGAUCAAAGCUUCACAUUCCCGGGCCCUGACAGAUACAUUCGACAAGAAGGCAACUACGCGGGCUUAGCCAAUCUUGGGCAAACUUGCUAUUUCAACUCUCUGCUCCAGCAACUCUUUAUGAAUGUUCAGUUCCGGAAGUUCAUAUUUUAUACGUCAGUGAUUGACCCCAAGAAGCAAGCAGUUCUUGUUGAACUCAAGUUAGCUUUUGCCUCAAUGCAGGACAGUCACGACAUCUUCUAUCAGCCCGACGAACUGGUCAAAGCUUUGCAUGUUGAUCAUACGGUGCAAGACGAUGCUCACAUCUUCUUUAUGACGCUGGUCGGACAGCUCGAGGAGAGUAUGCCCGAUGAACAAGCGAAGAAUGCCCUGAAAGCAUUCUUCCGUGGUGUCAACAAGUCACAAACCAUCGGUAGCUGCAAGCAUGUUUCCGAAAGCACAGAUGAAUACUUCAACCUCUCUCUGGUCGUCAAGGACAAAGCAUCACUUGAAGAAAGCUUGGAAGAGUACACCAAAGGAGCCAUUCUCGAGGGAAGUGAUAAGUUCAGGUGUACUACCUGUGGCUCAGGUGAGGGUGUGUCAGUCGACGCUGUCCAAAGGACUGCCCUCGAACACAUUCCUGACAACUUGGUCUUCGGCUUGAGAAGAUUUCGCUACGAAACAUACGAUGGAGGCCAGAAGGUCAACGAUCGAUUCGAUUUCCCGGAACAUAUCGAUAUGAGCAAGUACAAGCUCAACCGUCUUGCGGGCGUUGAAGGACCGAGUGAGUCCGAUCUUUUCCAACUCGUGGGCGUGGUCGUUCAUCAGGGAAUCUUGACGUUUGGCCAUUACUGGUCGUACGCCGCCGAGCGUGGACGCAGUGAUGCGGAACCUUUACGCUGGUACCGUCUCGAAGACAAGAACGUCAGACUUUCCAGUAUCGAGGAAGUUCUUUCCGAGACUCACGGCGGACGAGUUCCCUCUCUGGCGACAUCUACCCGAGGCGAUCAAUCUCCAAGUCUCCGAUCAGACAACGCAUAUGUUUUGUUCUACCAGCGCGUCUCGUCCAUUUCUGAGUCUGCAAAGUGUCUUGCGACAAGUUCGUCCGUGCUUCCUUAUUCUGUCCAAGCUAAGGUCUGCUUGCCCCAGGACUUGGAGACAAAGAUGAGCAAAAAGAAUGAGGAGAAGUUGUUCAUCCUUAAUCUCUUCUCCUUGAGUCACCUCGAAUUUGUCCACGGUCUAGCCAGCAAAUUGCCAACAAUUAAGAAUGCUGACCCCUCCCUGAGUAGCAGGACAACGUACAAGCUUAUGUCAAUGCUCUUGUGGUACUACAUCCGCGUCGUAGCGAACUUCGAAAGCGGGUUUUCUUCACAGUCUAUUGAUUAUACCUCGUUGCUACUUCAGAAACUGGCAUGUGGCGGCAAGGACUUCGCGCGAUGGAUGCUGAUAGCCAUACUUUCUUGGAGUAGCCACAAGGACAAGUCCAAAUGCCUUGUCGUGCACUACAAGCGAGCUGUGCGCCACGCUACGAACCGCUUGGUUGUGGCUUGUCUGAAAUACCUCCGGGAACACGACCCCAGGUACCUCGACACUGGAGAUGAAGUUGAUUCUGAAGACCAACUCAACAUCAUGACGGCUACAGUCCAUAGCCUGAUUGAUCUUCGCUCUCAUAUUCUUGAGCGUGGGCCUGCCAUCUGGGGAGAGUAUUUCGAGCUUCUUCGUGACGUUGCAGAACUCGGCCCUGAUGAAACUUGUGUGCUGCUUGAACAGAACGUUCUUGAAUGGUGUCUCGAAGUUCUGCUCAUCAAUGGCGACGCAAAGUUGCAGAGAAAGUACCCGGAAGUCAUGGAACACAUUGCCGCUUAUCCUCGCAAGCUGAAUUAUGUCUCGAUCAUCAAUUGCAUAUACGGCCUACUGUGCAACUUCGUCGACCUCCGUGGACCUACUGCGCUUCGCACCAGCAAUCGAUGGACCGACUCACAGACGCUGUUACUGACUGCUGAUGAGCACGACUACCUCGUUGAACGUUCCAAUUCACACAGCAACAACCUGGUAGAGCUUUGCAUGCAAGGCAACUCAUCUGAUUGUCCUCCAACUCUACUCAUUGGUCUCCUUACCAACGUUGACAGAGUGUCUCCUGAGCUUUAUGACGACGCAGUCCGCGCACUGAUCAUCAAUUUGAGAUGUGCCACAGACUGGGAUAUGAUCGCCGAGUCCGUUCUCCACUGCCUGCUCGAGCGCAAGAUGAAGUCGACGACCGAGCAAGACAUCUUCCGAGAGAUGAUCAAAGUUCUCUCUUCUCGUGAGGUCAGCCAACAGAACCAGCCCACUGCGUGGAAAAUGUUCUGGAUCAUGAUGGGAGUUUACAAGGUCCAUCCGCAGAUGAUAAUACAAUACCUAGCCAUCAUCACUCGUUUGGUCUUGGUAUGCGACAGACGCAUCGUCGAAAGAGAUGCCAGAGACUGGUUGAGAAACAGUGUUCUGGUUCAAAAUGUGCUUCCAAAGCCCUACGUUCUGGAUCAAAUUCAACUUCUCAAUCACAAAUUAUGGGCCAUAAAGGAGCUGCUCGCUGGGCUUGCUGUUGAGUUGAACACUGGCAUGGGCAGAAACUCUGAAUGCAGCAUAUACGAAUACUCGAUCGACGCAUAUCAGGACUGUGGUAAAUACUUGAGCCAGGUGUCUCCUAGCCUCGAAACCGAGCUGGAAGAAUGGUUGAAGAGCGAGGCUCCCGAGACCGAAGCGGACACCGAGCUUGAGACUGCUGUGCAGGAGUUGUUCGACGAGGUCAGCAAUAUCGACAGGCUGUUGAACGAUCACGAGGAUUGUCGCAACAGUAUCCGUUAUUGGCAGGAUGAACAAUCAGUCUCGGACGCGCCUUCUAACUCCAACGUUGUUGAGAUUGGCAAUUAUUCAGACAACGAGUUUAUGGAAUCCGAUGACUCCCUGAGCGAUGCUGCAGAUUUCGGAGACAACGAUUAG